UGUACAAACUGUGGUGCCACUUCAACGCCCCUGUGGCGCCGAUCUCCCGAAGACGAGCUGUUGUGCAAUGCAUGUGGUUUAUAUCAAAAGCUGCAUAAUGCUCCACGACCGAAAACCCUUCGACCAAACAGUGCACGCAAAGAAAUUCGUGAAGAGACUGCCGUUCGUUUAGUAUGUUCAAAUUGUUCAACAACAACUACACCGUUAUGGCGUCGUGAUGGAGAAGGUGCUCCACUCUGUAAUGCAUGUGGUCUAUAUCUAAAACUGCAUCAUGAGAAACGUCCCCUUUCGAUGAAAAGCGACACCAUCAAGAAACGACAGCGA